AUUACAUUUAUUGAGCUAAUAUGAAUCUAGCUCGACUGUGUACGACGAGAUGUGCUCCAUUCUCUGGUGCCAGAUUCCUGACUACUACAUCAGCGUACAAGGUUAAAGGAACAGAAGAGUUCUUUGCAAAACAGAAAGUUCUAGCAAGACCCAUGUCACCUCAUCUCACUAUUUACAAGCCGCAGCUCACUUCAGUACUUUCAAUCUCUCACCGUGCUAGCGGCGUAGGAUGGGGUGUCGUGAUAUACGGAGCUACGGUACUGACUGUGUUGCCUGGUGGAUUUUCUCAUUAUGUCCACUUACUUGAACAGUAUGCUCCCGGAGCAGGGGUUAUGGUGCCGCUCAAAGCUCUCCUACUCCUCCCCCUUAUGUACCACAGUGUCAACGGUUUCAGACAUCUGGCGUGGGAUUUGGGCAAAGGCUUUGGGAUAGCAGAAGUGUACAAAAGUGGGUGGUCAAUGGUGGCUAUCUCUGUUGUGUUAUCUCUCGUCCUCGCUGUCAUUCUAUAGACUACUUAAAACGUGGAAACUUCAUUGUUAUUAAAUAAACAAACUCGCUCAACUUAUAGAGGGGUAUUCUGUACAAAGUUAAUGCGCUAGUUUUAUGUCGAAUUUAUUUUAGAGUUCGACUCAAUGUGACAUCAUAUAAAUGACCGCUUUUUGCAGCGUGCAAUUGUCAGAAAUGUAAAGAUCUAAAUCGAUUUAUCCUUUUUUUUUUCAUUUAACGUUUUGUAAGCGUUGGAAUGCCUGAA